AUUCAGCCCAGAACACCACACUGUAAAGAGAGCCUGGCUCAAGACAGAGCUAAGGACAAAAUAUUCUGCCUUAUCUUUUACAGAUGUGAAAUAAAAUCUAUACUCGGGCCAAUGCAAACAGGAUAAUGUCUUGCUGCUGUUCAGAUUCGUCGUGUUCCUGGGAACCUAUUAGAUCACGGAAUAUUAUUAGAGGUGAAGCUGCCACCGGGGACGUGAGUCGCCUCGUGGACGAGGACAACCAAACUGAAUCGACGGAGGAGCGGAGCAGAAUGGAUAUAACGUUGCUCAGAGAACAGUACCGGUGCACCAGAGAAAAGCAAAAGCGACAAACUCAGGUGGUUUUAUUUAGACAAGCCCCAGUAGUGGAGACAGAUGGAUGCUCCAUGGUCAGUGUGGUCCCAUUUAGCCAGGGGAGUGGGGAGGAUUCCACUGAGAGGUGGGGGCUCCCAAACCAGGACUCCCAGUCCCCCUCCUCUGUCGACAUGGAGAAGGGCCCCUGGCACUCACACCUAGGCAUGCACAGACGGACCUGCGUUGUCUCUUCCACGCCCUGUUCCUCCCCGUCCCCCCUGUCAGAGGGUCAGUCCCGGGGCUCGGCUGGGGAGCUGACUCCCUCUGGGGCUUCAACCUCUGGAUCUUCUGAAGAGCUGGACAGCGGAGUGUCUGGAGGAUCCAGCAGGAAGUCCUCUGCUCCGGCUGUCCUGUCCAGGCAGCUGAGCUUUGGCAGCCAUCAUUCUCGGGGUGGUGGGGCCCACCCGCUCGGCCCCUCCUCUGCUUCACCCCACCAUUACCCCUUCCCACAGAGGAAGACACUGACCAAGUCUGAGGCAGCUAAAAGGCUGGGAUUGUACUCUUCCUUUUAGCCCCACUCACCAGAGAAUUCUACCUGCUGGGAAGACCGUUGAAGGGGACAACUCCAGUGGAAGACUGUGUGGCAAAGCACCUUAUAUAACUGUAUGCAUAUAUGUGUAUAUAAAUGUAGGUAUAUAUGUAUGAAUGCACUUGCUCUAUGGAUUAAUACUAUAUAAAUUGGACUAGCCAUUGUCUGUAGCUGGUAGGUUCCAAUGAGGCUGUCUCUAUGAUGUGUCAUUUGAUUACCUAGUCUUGUUGGAUGUUGUCAUAUGACUCAAACAGGUUUUCAUAGGAAUAAAUCCAUGUUUCACACUUAACCUCCAUUAAAGGACUGAACUGUGACCUAUGACCUCUGGACCUUCCUGGUUUCAGGCCUCUUGUUGUCACACACACACACCACUGGUAACCUGCUGUUAACACUGUUCUGUAUUAAAUAUCCACAUAAAUAUUACUGCAUCUAGGUUCAAGCGCUGGUGUAGGACUGCUUUUGUUUGUCAGACUCUGAAGUUGCAUAACACUUCCUGGUUCUGUGUCCUGCUAGGUUGGGGUAUGCUAUCUGGUAGUACCUUAGAUGCAGGUAGUCAUGGAGACUGAUGGAAUGUGUACCGCCCCAACUGGCUUGUCGAGGAAGUUAUCAUGACCUCUGGUCCAGACUAUAAAUGUUUAGAUAAAGGUGAAGUUGUUUAACUUGCAUUGUUAUAGGUGUGAUU